ACUGUUUCAAAUAAAGUUAGACAACCUCAACGAUGACCAAAGAUUGAUGAACGUCAUUCAUUCAUAUGAGCAAUCACAUGGGUGGUGGGACGUAGCCGAGGUGUCCAUGGACAGAACGCGAAGAAGUGGGUCAGAGAGAAGUCUGUAGUCUGUAGCGACAUGAGAAGCCGCCAGCAGAUUGCCGUCAGUCUCGUGAGGAUAUCCCGGGAGUCAACAGGUGCAGAAGUAUAAAACCAGAUUAGGGGUGAAUCGACUGAUUUGCAAAUAUCGAAGGGACGAUAAAAAGAUAAAAGACAGCGAUCGGCGAACUUGCGAUGCAGCCUUAAGGAAAGCACGUUUUUCGCACAGUGUUUGUUACUUUGGGUUUGAGUAUAAAAAAUCGUUAUCAGUGAAGUUUGAGAUAAACGUUAUCACUAAGCAUAUCAAGGAAAAUUAUCAAGCUACAAAAUGACAAGACACAAGGUGUCGCUGCUAGCCAUCUUUCUGAUUGGGAUUAAUCUGUCGUCUGGUGAUGAAGUACCAAAGCCUAGUUAUGCUAGGACAGUUCUUAAAGUUUCGAGGAGCCUUCCUGGUGAGACUGAAGAGGUCAAGGUUCGCACUAGUGAAGGAAAUAUGGCGACGCUCAUCGUGAAGAGAAGAGAGAAGAAUGAAUUGGAUGAUCUUAAAAAUGUGGAGAAAAACGCUGAGAAAAGUGAAAAUAGUUCCGGCACGUCAUUUUUGGGCGUCAAUAGAAAUUUUGAGAUGCAAAGGAAUAAGGAUGAUAUUAAAAAGUCGGAAGAGGCUCAGGUCGAGCAUAUCAGAAGUCAAUUUGCUGGUUCUGAGAGGGAUACGAAGAAUGACGAAAAUUUUCGAAAAUUGACGCUACCGGAAAUGCAGUAUUAUAAUAGGGAUACGGAAAUUGAUUAUAGUAAAUGGACGCCUUUAACGGAUACCGGAAGAGACCUAAAAAAUUCUGAGGAAAGCGCUGAAGAGUAUGUAAACUGGAGACCGGUUGUGAGCGAUAAAAAAAUUACCACGGAGGAAAGAACUAAUUAUGCCAGGAUGGAUAAUCCUGUUUAUCAAAAUCAAGGAUUAAUUUUAGCGCGAAAUUCUGAAAAUCGUCAAGAAAGAACUUUUGGAUUUGAUGAUUUAAAUCCUGAUAAAAUUGUUGGCAACCAGGGUACGCGCUAUACCUUUCUACCACAUCAACCGAGACCUCUCACGAGGACGAAUAUAGGAGCCAAUCUUUAUAAAAAUCGGGAUGCCAAAAACGUACCACCGGAAGUCAUCAUACGAUCAGAAAUUAAUGUGAAAUCAAUACCCAAGAGAAGACCGAUGACAUUGGAUCCUGAUGGCACUCCUGUUAUACAUGGAAAGCGCGUACCAGACGAGCCAAUCGACAAGAUACAAACGUGGAGGAAUUCCAGGGUCAUUAAUAAUAAAUUAAUUCUUGAUGGUGCUACUACGAUAACCACUGAUCCAAGUCCAACAUUUUUCUCAACUGACAAUCUAGUCGAGAAACACAGGUUUGAUCGUUUUUUCAACGACGUUAAUAAACGUUAUGGUCGGAAUGUCGAUAACGUGGAAAGAAAUGUAUAUUUUGAAUGGGAUCCGAGAAAUUAUCAGAACGAGGCUCUAAAAGCUGAAGUUUACGAGACCAAAAAUGAAAAUUUUAAUUCAAACAUACAGAAGAGAAUGCUUAAUAUUGAAAAUAUAGCGAGUUACCCUAAUUCUCAACUUUACACACCAGAAAGUCAAAAAAUCGCACCAGUAGCAUUGAAGUCUGGCGUUCGCGCACCGGUGCUCCAGUACGCUCAUCCUGAGUUGGGUGUUCAGCCUGCUAAGAUUGUCAAAAACGAGAAACGGAUACCUGAUAACUUUCCUGAAAAUCAGCACUCUUUCACUGAGCAACGACAAAAGAAAAAAUACGUUUUAAAUGACAAAAAUUUUGUGGAUUCCUACACGAUAAAGAACUACUAUCCAAAUCAACAUUUUUAUGGUUUAAAAAAACGAAACGAACUUCCAUUUUGGAUUAAGAUAUCCGAAAAUUUAAGAAACCAAUUUUCCACUGGAGUCGAAAAGGUUUCACAGUUAACACGACCAGUCUUUGACCCACUCGUUGAGGCGACUCAAAAAAUAUCCAAAAAUUUGGGUCUGUCCAAGGGUCAAGAGGCUCAGGAGAAAGUGGGCACAGUCGCUUCCGGAUCCUCUAUACUGAUUCCUGCACUAGGUCUGGUGGCUUCAGGAGCUGCUCUAGGUAUCGGCGCAGUUGCUGUAGGUAGAUACCUGGACGUCGAUGUCCUGAAACGUUCCAGCGACGAUGAUAUGAAUCUGGAACACAAAAGAGCCUUGGAAUCGAUUCAAAACAAUCCUGAACGACGUCAAGAAUACUUACGCUCGUUGCAAGUACAGUCUGAUAAUUUUGAACAUGGUAAAAAUCAGAUUAUCUUCAUGGAUCCUAAUACCAAGGAGCAGCUACAACCACGAGAAGAGGAUGCGGGCGUCUUUUUGAUCCUGGAGGAAACUGAGGAUAAUGACAGGGUAGAAAAUCGCCAGACAAGACCAGUGGUUGAGGAAACCGACUACAUUGAAACAAAUAGGCGAAAACGAAGUCUGGAAUACCUGGACGUCUUCAAUGCUGAAGCUGAUAUGCAGAAUUUGGCCAGGAGUAAGCGACUUCAGAGAAAGGGUGCUGACUCAAUAGCAGAAAUAGUAGAGAUCGACGUCCCAACCAAAGGAAAUAUAGACAUAUCAGAAUUUCUUUUACCACAAAAAAAUGCACAGGCUUCUACAAAAAAUCAGGGAACAAUCCUAGUGAUAGAAGACAAUUCAAAGCCCCUGAAGAUGCUAGACAAAGAACCCCACAUGACAGUGCACGACGGGAACGCAGUCGAGAACGUGGCGAGGAUCGUGGACAAUCUUUUAAAGGAUACCGGAAGUUCGUCAAAGAAUGGAAUGAUCAAAAAAAGAACGCAAAGAAGUAUAAGCAAUGACCAGAAACUCGACGACGCACUGCAGAACUUAGAAAAUGCCGAGGUCGCCGAAGUAGCACAUAUAUCUGGAGACUGGACCAAUACACCAUGUGCAAAAAGGAUAUUUUGCGACGCCAUGAUAGAACGAGGUCCUGACGCUUCGACGUUCAUGGAAAAGAAAAUGGCAUCUCUCCUAUCACUAAUUCAACCAAUUGCUGCUGCACAAGUAUCGAGUCACUUUGAAGAGGUCAUGGCGGCUGUCAGGAGGCACGAUUGUUCUAGUUUCGUAUGUUUUCAAUCGAGGCCUGGAAAUGUUUUUUUCUGAGGAUUUUUUUGAAUUUUACUAGGAUCCUCUUUUAAUCCAGUGACAAUCUUCGAGGAGAUGGUUGCUGCAGAGGUCUCGAAAUUUUGCAUUUUCUUUCUUUUUUGCAAUUGGACGUAAUUUGAGACCGUCGUUUUUAAGAAUCACGCCAAACUUGUACAUAGUAAUCAUUGCGAUAAUCCUAUUUAAUGUGCACGCAUUUAUUAAUUUAAUUUUUGCUAUCUUUUAUCAAAAUUUAAGGAAACGGACAUUCCCUCGAGUAAUUACAUAACAGAAUAUCGGUUACGCUUCAAUUUUCAUUGAACUUUCGCAUGAUUCCAUUUUCGAUUGAUUUGAAACUGAUUUAACCAGAUACCAGUGUGACAGGUUCAACUGGCAAGUGCGGGUCAUAUCCUUUUCAAUAAAAUCAUCAACUUCAUCACUAGACAUAAAAGUUGUACACAGAAAUGCAGUAAAUCAAUUCAUAUUUAUUUUCAUAUAUGUAUGUUUUGUAUACAAUCUAUUUCACGACUUUGUGUAUUCUUUCUCGGAAAAUUAUCGAGAAUUGAAUGUAACUUUGCGAAAUACGUUUUGUUAGUUUUUAGAAAAGUUAUUAAGAAUAUUUACUAAGGACAUAUUAUCUAUGCUGUACUGAUUAAAUAAUUAAUAAAAACAUUUUAAUAUA